AUGAGCCUCUACGGUGCUCGUGGCGGCUCUUUCAUGGCAGCGGGCCCCAACGGCGGCUUCGUUGCGGGAUCACGCGGGGCCUUUGUCGGUGGCGGCGUGGGCGGUGGCGCGAUGGGCAGCGGGGUCUACCCCGGGAUGGGCUAUGCCGGUGGGGGCGUGUAUCCUGGGACGGGGUAUGCUGGCGGUGGGGAAGGCUGCUGCGGAGGUGUGGGCUGUGGCAACAGCUGCGGCGCGGACGGGUGCGGGGUGGGCGUGGCGCCCGCGUGCGGCGACGCGUGCUGCGGGGUCGCAGGCGCCAGCUGCGGGGGCAUAGCCGGAACGACGAUGUCGUAUGUGGGCGCAGGCGGCGACUACAUCGCCACCACCACCUACCAGUACGUGGGCCAGGGCGCGGGCACCUUCACCGUGGUGCCGAUCCCCGCGGCCGGGUGCAGCGUCUGGUGGCUGUGCUGCCUCUGGUGGCUGGCGCUGCUCCCCUUCCUCUUCCUCGCGGGGACCACCACGACCACCACAACAACGCCCCCCAUCAUCAUCAGCACCCCGCCUCCAGAGACCCCGCCGCCCAUCGUGAACCCCACGCCGGCGCCCCCCGGGCCAGGGCCCGCGAAGCAUUGCAAGAUCUUCGGCGACCCGCACGUGAUCACGUUUGAUGGGCAGUCAGCGAGCUUCUACUCCCAGGGCGAGUACUGGACCGUGAAGAGCACCACCGUCUGGAUCCAGGGCCGCUACAUGCCGACUCCAGUGACCAACGGCCUCUCCGUCAUGAAGGAGGUCGCGAUCGGCGGCCCCUUCCUGGAGAGCAAGGACGGCACGAAGAACAUCCUCCGCAUCUCCUCUCUCAGGGCGACCUUCAACGACGUCCCCAUCAUCUCUGGCUUCCCGGACGCCUGGGAGAACCAGGAUCCGAUGAUCAAGGUAGUCUCCGACGGCAACGGGCAGGUGAUGCAGUCGAGCCGCUACGGCAAGCAGCUGCGCGUCGUGCACGUGGACCUGCCGCUGGGCGUCCACCUGGAGAUCAAUCGCUGGAACGAGCCAGGCGAGGGCGACUACAUCAACACGAUGAUCACCAUGAGCAAGCAGCCAAACCAGGAUGGGCACUGUGGAAACUUCAAUGGUGUGACCGAGGACGACACCCGGCCGCAGAUCCGUGCCCGCAUCGGCACCACGGGUGUCCCGCAAGAGGAAUUGCUUUUCCACACCAAGACCCCCGUGACGCCCGCGAACCGGCCGGACCUGAACAACUGCCCCACCGACAAGACCGAGAACGCCAGGCAGAUUUGCACGGGGAAGUCCAAGACCGGCAUGCCCAACCAUGACUGCAUGGUGGACGUGUGUUUCGGCGGAGCGCACUUCGCGGAUAUGACCGACUACGACUAG